UCCAGUUCCAUGAAUUCCCUGCGGAUCUCCGUUCGAGGCCUUCCCGCCCUGGCCUUCAUGGCCUGCGCUGCCGCCGACCCCCGCUUCCGCCUAAAAUGGAGGGCCAUCACCGUGGCAACGCUCCUCGCCCUCACCCUGCUGCUCUACCUGCACCAGACGACGGGGGUCGGAACUGGCGGCAAUGACUUCUUCGGCGGCGUCUCCUCUGACCGCUUCCAUCACCACGGUAACGGGGCGCAAAGCUGGUGGACGAACAAUGACAAGGAAGUAAACAAUAAUGGUAACCGUCAACCGGUGGCUGCAGUGGGAUCCAACGGCGGCGUCAACUGGAAGAAUAAACACUACAACAACACAUAUCCUCUCAGCCCGCCGGAGAGGAUUGCGUCUGGGAGCAUCCGGUACCGUAUUGGGGUGAUCGCCGACUUGGACAUGGCUUCAAGGAGCACCAAGGGUCAGACGUGGUUUAGCGUCAUGCGGAGGGGCCACCUGGUGGUGUCUGAGAGUGGGGACAGAGUGGAGGUGGAGUGGGACGCAGACAGCCUGACCCUGGAGAGCCACCUGGCUGAGAAGGGACGAGGUAUGGAGCUGUCGGAGCUAGUUGCGUUCAACGGUCACCUAUACAGUGUGGACGACCGUACAGGAGUUGUCUACAGGAUAGAGGGGAACCAGGCGGUACCCUGGGUGAUACUGACUGAUGGAGACGGGUCUGUCUCAAAAGGGUUCAAGGCGGAGUGGCUGGCGGUGAAGGAUGAGUGCCUCUACGUGGGGGGUCUGGGUAAAGAGUGGACGACCACUACCGGAGAGUUCAUCAACGACAACCCCCAAUGGAUCAAGGUGGUGGGUUACCGCGGCGACGUGGAACACGAGAACUGGGUACCGCGUUACAACGCCCUGCGCAGCGCAGCCGGGAUUCAACCGCCAGGUUACCUGAUCCAUGAGUCUGCGGCGUGGUCCGACCGCCUCCAGCGCUGGUUCUUCCUCCCCCGCCGCGCCAGCUCCGAACGCUACGAUGAGAUGGCCGACGAGCGCCGCGCCACCAACCUCCUCCUCUCCUGCCCCUCGGACUUCCGCGACAUCACCGUGGGGCACGCUGGACCGCUCCACCCAACGCACGGUUUCUCCUCCUUCAAGUUCGUACCGGACACCGACGAUCAGAUCGUACUCGCGUUGAAGUCGGAGGAGGACGCGGGGAAGAUAGCGACGUAUAUCCUGGCGUUUACGUUAGACGGGAGGAUGUUACUGCCAGAGACGAAGAUAGGAGACCUGAAGUAUGAAGGACUGGAGUUUAUUUAAAAUGGAGGGAUG